GGUGAUAGGUGAUAGGGGAUAGGUGAUAGAGUAGAGUGAAGCAACCUGCCAAAUGGAACAUGAAACCCUGGCUCUGCUGCUUUUUCUUUUGUUUGCAACUCUACUUUGGUACUUAGCCUCAACACUAUCCAAAUCCCCACCGACCUCUUCCACCGCCACCACAGCCAUUCCCAAAGCUUAUCCCAUCCUGGGUUCCGUCUUCUCCAUCGCCGCCAACAGCCACCGCCGCAUCCACUGGAUCGCCGACAUUCUCCACGCCUCGCGCUCCUCCACCUACGUCCUCCACCGCGCCUUCGGCUCCCGCCAGGUCUUCACGGCCAACCCCACCGUCGUCCACCACAUUCUCAAGACCAACUUCCCGGUCUACCAAAAGGGCCCCACGCUCAACCGCGCCCUCGGCGACUUCCUCGGCAACGGCAUCUUCGCCGCCGACGGCUCCACCUGGAAGCUCCAGCGGCAAAUCUCCAGCCACGAAUUCAACACCCGCACCCUCCGGAAAUUCGUCCAAACCGUGGUGGACACGGAACUCUCGGAGCGGCUCCUCCCCCUCCUGGCCGGCGCCGGAGCGGGAAACACCGUGGUGGACUUGCAAGACAUCCUCCAACGGUUCACCUUCGACAACAUCUGCAAAAUCGCGUUCGGGUUCGACCCCGAGUACCUGCUCCCGUCGCUCCCGCAAACGGCCUUCGCGAGGGCCUUCGACGACGCGACCCGAAUCAGCAGCGAGAGGUUCAACGCGGCGGUGCCUCUCUUCUGGAAAGUGAAAGAGGUGUUGAACGUAGGGUCGGAGAAGCGUCUGAGGGAAGCGAUCUCGGAAGUGAGGGUUUUAGCGAGAAGAAUCAUCCGAGAGAAGAAAAAGGAGCUCGGCGAAAAGAAAACCCUAGAUUCCGUGGAUCUGUUGUCACGGUUUUUAUCCUCUGGGCACUCGGAUGAAGAAUUGGUUAUGGAUAUAAUCAUUAGCUUUAUCCUGGCGGGGCGAGACACUACCUCGGCGGCCCUCACGUGGUUCUUCUGGCUCCUCUCUAACCACCCCCACGUGGAGGAGAACGUUGUUAAAGAAGUUAGGGAUAAGUCUGAGGCUUACUCCCACGUCUAUGACGAGGUGAAGGACAUGGUUUACACGCACGCCGCCUUGUGCGAGACCAUGCGCCUCUACCCCCCGGUUCCCGUCGACACUAAGGAGGCUGUGGACGACGACGUUUUGCCCGAUGGGACUCUCGUCAAGAAAGGCUGGAGGGUUGCCUACCAUAUCUACGCCAUGGGCAGGUCCGACAAGAUAUGGGGCUCCGAUUCCGCCCAGUUUCGCCCCGAGAGGUGGCUGGCCUGGGAUCAGCUGGAAGGCAAGUGGAGCCUCCAGGGGAUCGAUGCUUUUACCUAUCCCGUCUUUCAGGCCGGCCCCAGGGUCUGUUUGGGUAGAGAAAUGGCCUUCUUGCAGAUGAAAAGACUCGUCGCCGCCAUUUUGCAGCGCUUCACCCUCAUCUCCAAGGUCGCCCAACCCGAGUAUGGGGGCUACCUCACGUCUUUCAUGAUAGGUGGCUUCCCCGUCACCAUUCAAAAUCGCCACCCCCAAUCAAUCAAUCCAAUCAAUCUAUAAUAAUAUCAUGCUUCAUAUAUAUAUAUAUAUAUAUAUAUAUAUUGUCUUUUAUCAUAUUGUAAGUAAGUCAAAUAAUGUUACCGAAUGCUUGUGUUGUUCUGGAGUCGAUUGGAGUGAAAAUAAAUAUGUUAUGUUUGAUUCAUAGAAAUAACUUUAUGUUAUAUGGCACCAUCCAUGUUUGUAAGCUCGCUAUAUAUGUACAUGAAAUAUAACACUAUUCAGUCUAUAUAAUGAAUUCAAUUCUCUCAA